GGUCUUAUAGAACUUUUGUUCCACCCAAACUUUAGUAGGCUGUUUAGACAUUAGUUCAGCUUUUACUAUCAAGUCCUCUUACCGGAACGCAAUAUGUAUCCGUCCAUACGUUAUCAGGUAACGCUAGUCACCUUCCAAGUUCCACGGAACAAGCACCGCCGCCACUGCCAAAACUACCAUCACCACCAUAUACAAGUUGGGCCGUUAGAGACUAAGUUAUCAAGCAAAUGGCGGGUAUUUGAAUGUGCAGCGUUAAGCAAACAAGGGCAGCGAUUCCUGUCUUCUCUUGCCACCGCCACGGCCGCCAGAGAUAACUCGGCAACCAAUAGUUUGAUCAAGAAAUUCGUAGCAGCUUCGCCUAAAUCUAUCGCUCUUGAUGCUCUCUCUCAUCUCCUUUCCCCUAACUCCUCGUACUCUCAUCUUUCCUCUCUUGCAUUCCCUCUUUAUUUGAAGAUCCAAGAAGCACAUUGGUUUGAUUGGAAUCCAAAACUAGUUGCUGAAGUUGUUGCUUUGCUUGAUAAACAAGGGCAAUACAAUGAGUCAGGAACCCUAAUUUCUGAUUCAAUUUCUAAAUUAAAGCUUAGGGAGAGAGAUCUUGCUUUGUUCUAUUGUAAUUUGGUUGAGUCUCACUCCAAACAGAAUUGUGUACAAGGUUUUGAAGAUUCUUUUGCUCGUUUGAAUCAAUUGGUUUUUAGUUCCAACUCUGUUUACAUAAAAAAGCAAGCUUAUAAAUCUAUGAUUAGUGGAUUAUGUGAAAUGGGAAGGCCUAAAGAAGCACAAGAUUUAAUUGAGGAGAUGAGAGGGAAAGGAGUGAAGCCUUCAGUCUAUGAGUUUAGAUGUGUUCUACAUGCAUAUGGAAAAUUAGGAUUGUUUCAAGAAAUGCAAAUGAUUCUCGAUCAAAUGGAAAGUGGAGGGUUUAAAGUUGAUACCGUUUGUUCAAAUAUGGUUCUUUCUUCUUAUGGAGUUUACAAUGCACUCCCAGAAAUAGUAUCAUGGCUUAAAAAGAUGAAGGAUUUGGGGAUUCCAUUCUCAUCAAGGACUUGUAAUUCGGUCUUGAAUUCAUGUCCUACGAUGAUGUCCACGGUGCAAAACUCAAAUGCAAAUACUUAUCCGAUUUCAAUUCAAGAGUUGAUGAAGAUUUUGAGAGGAGAUGAGGCCAUGGUGGUUAAUGAAUUGAUUAUUGGUUCUUCUUCAGUUUUGGAAGAGGCAAUGCAAUGGGAUGCAUUGGAGUCUAAGCUGGACUUACAUGGAAUGCACUUAUGUUCAGCUUAUUUGAUAAUGUUGCUUUGGUUCGAGGAAAUGAAAAACAGAUUUAAUGGUGGAAAUUAUGUGAUUCCAGCAGAGAUUACAGUGGUUUGUGGUUCAGGAAAUCAUAGCAUAGUUAGAGGGGAAUCUCCUGUCAAGCGAAUGAUAAAAAGCAUUAUGGUUCAAACGAGAAGCCCUAUGAGAGUUGAUAGGAAAAACCUUGGUUGUUUUAUUGCCAAAGGAAAAGUUGUCAAGGAAUGGUUGAGCUAACUUUCAAUAAUGCAUCUAGUUUGUUUAAUUGAAUUUGAAAUCAACUUAUCGGAUGUGAUUAAAAAAAAAAAAAAAAGGAUAUUUCAAAUA